AUCAACCCAGCUUAUUCACUUUCGUGCCAAUUCCCCAACCACGGCAGUGAACCUUUCUCAGGCGAGCCGCUGUCUCAUCUAUCCAACUCCGUCUUUUUAAACCUACCUUCCAAAAUGUCUGAGGAGAACGUCGCCUGGCCCUUGGCUGAUGCCGCCCUUACUCAGGAGAUUCUCGAUCUCUUGCAGUCUGCCACCCACAUCCGCCAGUCCAAGAAGGGUGCCAACGAGGUCACCAAGGCCCUGAACCGCGGUACCUGCGAAAUCGCUAUCCUCGCCGCCGACACCGAGCCCCUCGCCAUUCUCCUGCACAUUCCUCUUCUGUGCGAAGACAAGGGCACCCCUUACGUCUACGUCCCUAGCAAGAACAUGCUUGGCCGUGCCUGCGGUGUCAGCCGUCCCGUCAUUGCUGCCUCCAUCAACUCCAACGAGGCCAGUGAGCUUGCCGGCCAGAUCAAGGCUCUCCGCGACAAGGUCGAGAGACUUGCUAUCUAAGAAGCACCUUUGCAGAAAUGCAGGUGGCUGUUAGAUGGGAGGAAGGAAGGCUUCCUUUUUUUAAAUCAAAAAAAUUGGAAAACAAGUCACGGAUGUAAACAGAUGUAAAAGACUGGUGGUUGUGCGGCUGCUUGAUAGCCGCGGAGAGGGAUAUGGGCAACGAUUGGGCUCUGCAUUGUCUUUUGUCCUUACGCAGUUGGGAUGGAGUUUUCUAGGAGUACAUAUUCCCCUCUUUACACAUUAGAUCUUUUAUAACGAAUCUACGUUUUGUCACG